CCCGCUCGCCAUUUCAAAUCUUCGAAUUCAAUCUCAAACCCUACGUGACCGUUGCUCUCUCUAGCUCUUUCUCUCUUUCCACUAAGCUCUCUCACUUCUUCUUCACCACCAAAAUUCUUGGAAUUUCUCUCGAAAUUCACGUCCUCCAUCUCUCUUUCAAGCCAUGGAAGAUGCAAUGGCAGUCGUCUCAGAAUUAUGCUCUCCGGUUGUUCCUUGUUGUGAUUCAAAGUCUCUGCCUUCAAUUUCCGGUUCAGACGUUGAUUUGGGAGAGUCUUUUGAAUGCGCUGAUAAGAUGGAGAAUGAAGUGUCCAGUGAAGCCGAAUUAGCAUCCCCACAUGGAGAGCAUACUCUUCCAAUCCUGCAAAAAGUCAUUGACUUGGGCAACAAAAUUAAGAAUUUGAAGAAUGAACAUAUGCUCCUAACUGAACGGUUCAAACUAGACACUGACGCUUUUCCAGGUUCUGAUGUUGUAAAAACUCUUCACCUUCUAGGUACACAGCAUGAACGUUUGAAGAAGAAAUACCUUGAAGAGUCCAUUGAGCGAAAGAGACUUUACAAUGAAGUGAUUGAACUGAAAGGGAAUAUUAGAGUUUUCUGCCGAUGUAGACCAUUGAAUCAAAGCGAAUUAGAAAAUGGAUCUACCUCUGUGAUUGAAUUCGAUUCGUCUCAGGAAAAUGAGAUUCAAAUUCUUUCUUCUGAUUCUUCAAAAAAACUGUUUAAAUUUGAUCAUGUGUUCAAGACUGAGGACAGCCAAGGAACUGUUUUCAGUCAAGCUAAACCUGUUGUAGCUUCAGUGAUGGAUGGCUAUAAUGUCUGCAUAUUUGCUUAUGGACAAACUGGAACAGGGAAAACAUUUACUAUGGAGGGAACGCCUGAAAACAGAGGAGUCAACUAUCGGACUCUGAAAGAGCUGUUUAAGAUUUCAGAAGAUAGAGAUGGCGUUAUGAAAUAUGAAUUGUACGUCAGUAUGUUGGAGGUUUACAAUGAGAAGAUAAGGGAUCUCUUGGCAGAUAACUCCAACCCAAAUCUAAAGAAGUUGGAGAUUAAGCAAGCAGCAGAAGGAACACAGGAAGUUCCUGGACUGGUUGAAGCUCAAGUGUAUGGAACUGAAGAAGUGUGGGAACUACUUAAAUCUGGAAGCCGGGCAAGAUCUGUUGGGUCCACCAGUGCUAAUGAGCUAAGCAGCCGCUCCCAUUGCUUGUUGCGAGUCACUGUCAAAGGAGAGAAUCUUAUAAACGGACAGAGGACAAAGAGUCAUCUUUGGCUGGUGGACUUGGCUGGUAGCGAGCGUGUGGGGAGGAUUGAUGUUGAUGGUGAAAGAUUAAAGGAAUCUCAAUUCAUUAAUAAAUCACUUUCCGCUCUUGGUGAUGUCAUCUCUGCCUUGGCUUCUAAAACAGCUCACAUUCCUUACAGAAACUCAAAGCUCACUCAUUUGCUGCAAAGCUCUCUAGGAGGAGAUUGCAAAACCCUGAUGUUUGUACAGAUUAGUCCUAGUGCAGCCGAUGUUGGAGAGACACUCUGCUCACUAAAUUUUGCAAGCCGUGUUAGGGGGAUCGAGAAUGCCCCUGCUCGCAAACAGACCGAUCUCACAGACCUGUUCAAGUUCAAGCAAAUGGCAGAAAAGUCCAAGCAUGACGAGAAGGAAAUGAAGAAGUUACAAGACACUGUACAAUAUUUGCAGUUAAGACUCACGGCUAAGGAACAUACUUACAGGAAUCUUCAAGAGAAGGUUCGAGAUCUCGAGAGCCAACUAGUGGAUGAGAGGAAAGCCAGACUAAAACAAGAAAAUAGAGCUCUUGCUACUGUUGCUGGUGCCUCUCAGCCUUCGGCAAUGCAAUCUCUUCCAAAGCUGGCAGCUCCUAAAACCAUUACAGAGAAGAAACCACCAUUGGGUCCUUCAAAGCUAAGGCUUCCCCUGAGAAAGAUAACAAAUUUUGUGCCGCCAACGUCCCCCGUACCAUCCAAAAAAAGGCGUGUCUCUUCAUUCAUAAGCAUUGCUCCUCCAACAGAAGGCAAAGAAAAUGUCCCCAAAAUGAACACAAUUGCAGCAAACACAAGAAAUCUUCGUAUACCAAGACGAAGUUCGCUAGCUGUUAGGCCAACUUCAACAAUGACUACGACAACGACAACAACGACAACACAGGUUUUUCAACCCAAGAGACGGGUCUCGAUUGCUACACUUCGUCCAGAGUUGCACUCUCACAUGUCAACCCCACUCCAGACAUCUGCCUCAAAAUUCAAUAAUGGAAAUGCUGCACUGGGGCCACAAUUAUUUGCAGCAAGGAAAGCAAGGUACUCAAAGCUGUUCUCUCCAUUACCAGAGUUCCAAACAACAGUAGAGGCAACACCUAUUGCUGCCAUGAGGAGCAGUAGUAAAUUCAUGGGAAGCCCUCCAACACAUGGUGGUGGUUCAAGAAAUGGUAAAGUUAUAGCAUUACAAAGAAAACCAAUUGUGUGGAGUCCUCUCAAGUUGAGAGGACUGAAAAAUUUCAGGAGGCCAUCUUUAAUACCAUCUCGAACUUCCUCGACCGAGUUUCAAUGACAACAUCGUCUUCAACUUUUCUGUUCAAUGCUAUUUUCUUCUCUAACAUCUCCUCUCUUCCCAUCAAAGAGAAAGCUCAUCAAUGUGGAGUCCUCUCAAGUUGUUUGCUGAAAUCUUGCAGGAUGCCAUCUUUAAGUACUGUAUCGAUUGAUCUUCCCACCGAGUUUCUUCAAUGACGACACAUCAUCGUUUUAACCUUUGUACAACAGUGUUUCUCCUUUAACCUCUCUUCACUCUCUCUACAAUAGUUAUCCGUGUAUUUGUUUUUUUUUUUUCUUUUAUUCAUACAAUAUUUCUUUUCUUGGAUGUUAUUGCUUUAUUGUUUGCUUCUGGCUUACCAAAUGAAGUAUCAGAAGACAAGUUAGUCCAGAUUUUACUCUUUUUACUUUGAGAGUUUGCAUUCCUUUAGAGAUAGGAAUGUUAGUUUCGUAUUCUUUGGUCAUCAACGUGAACUAUU